AUGGCAACUAAUUAUAAUGCUGUAGAUGAACAACGUAUUUUGCAAGAAGCUAAUAUACGUCGAUUGCGUGAACUUGAGUUAAGUCGAUUGAGUGAAGCUGAUGAACAAAUUGCUCGACAAGAAUUAGCUAAGUUCGACGAGAUGCAACGCGAACUUGAAAUAUUCAAUGAAGUCGAUCAACAACGUAUAAUGGAACUUGAAACAGAAAUACGUGAUAUAAAUCAAGAAAUAUAUAAUGCUGAAAAAGAACUUGAAGAACUUCGAAUCGAACAAGAAACACAAGAAAAAAAUCUUGAACAAGUUAAUAAUGAAGUUGCUAAACUAAUACAAGAAAUAAAACAUGUUCAAGAAGAACUACAAAAACUUCGUGAACAAGAACAUCAACUUAUUGUUGAACGUGACAAAUGGCAAGCAACACUUAUGGAACAAGAACAAAUUCUUAAAGAAGAACAAGCAAAAGUAAAUGAUCUUCGACAACAAAUUAUUGUAUUAGAAAAUGAUAAACGUGUAUUAGAACAACGACGUGAUGAAUUAAAUAUACAAUUACAACAAGCUGAAACUGAACGAGUCACUUUAGAACAAGAAAUUGUAAAACUUGAUAAUGAAUGUGCACAAUUAGAACAACAACUCAAUACUUUACAGCAGGAAUUAACACAACUUGAACAAAUAGUAGAACAACUUGUCCAACAAAUAAAACAAACUCAAGAACAGAUAGCUAAUUGUGAAAAAGAAAUAAAUGAACACAAUGCUCGAAUUCAAGAAUUAGAAAAUGAAAAACAAAAAGUCGAAAUUGAAAUACAGCGAUUACAAGAAUCAAUUCAACGUAUUGAAACUAUGAUUCAAGAUGUAACAAAUAAAGAGCGCGAAGUGACGGAACAAAUCAAUCAAAAAACUCAAGAAAAACAAAUGAUUGAAAAUGAACAGAGAGCUACUGAAGCGGAAGUUCAACAGUUGAAAGCAGUUCUCGAAUCACUUAAUGAAGAAUUGAAAAUGUUACAAGAGAGAUUGGCUCAAUUGACAAAUGAAGCCAAUCAAUUAGAAGAACAAGUUCAUCAAGCACAAAAUGAACUUCAACAAGCAACGGAAGCAGUAAAACUUGCUGAAGCAGAAACGGUACGCAUUCAAGGAGAACUGGAUCAACUUACGCAACAAUUACAAGCUAAGCAAGCUGAAUUGGCUCAAGGUGAACAAAAGAAAGCUCAACUAGAAGCAAUACUUGCUCAAAAACAAACUGAACUUCAACAGAUAACCGAUACUGUGAAUAGACUCGAGCAAGCAUUGAUGCAAGCCAAAAGUGAACUUGACGCUGCUAUUGAAUUAUAUAAUCAAUAUACUGAAACACUUCGGCAAGAGGAAGCAACUGAAUUAGAAAAGAAAAAUGAGGUUGAAAAUCAAGAAACAGCUUUAAAAGAAGCUGAAAAUGAGGCCAGUGAAUGUGAUAGGAAAGAAGGCGAGAAAAAACGAGAAUUAGACGAAGCGACGCGCGAAGAAAGAAAAGCACAAGCAGAUUUAAAUGCAGCUAAAAAUCAAUUGCAAGCUGCUGAAACAGCACUACAUAUUGCUGAAAUGGCGCUGGCAACAGCAUUGGCCUUUCCAAUUAUUGGUGAAAUUGCAGCCAUUGGAGCGACGGCUGCUGUUGCAGCAGCUACAGCUGCUACCAUUGCUCUACAUGUCAAAGUGAAUAAUGCAGAAACUAAAUUGUCUCAAUUGUCUAUUAAGCGUGAACAAGCCUUUCAAUUGCAUCAGACAGCACUAGAACAAAAGCGAACAGCACAUACGAAAGUUGCCGAAGAGAAGAGAGCACUUCAGACGAAACAAAAUGAAUUGAAACGGCAAACUGAAACUAAAAAUGCUGCUCAACAACAAGUCGAACGUCAGAAACAAGUUGUGAGGAAAGCGACUACUGAUCAUGCCGAAGUCGAACGUCAAUUAGCUGAAGCUAAAGAACAACAAACAAUGCAAAUGAAUGAAGUUCAUGAAGCUGAAACACAAGUUAAAAAUCAGACAGAACAUGUCGAACAGUUAAAACGAGAAGCAGCUGACUUAGAACGACGUCAAACACAAACACAACCAGCACUCGUCGCUGCAGAAAAUGAAUUGAGAAAUGCUCAAAUGAAGGAACAAACAGCCGAUGCUAAUCUGAAAAUGAUGAACGGACAGCUUACAGCUAAACAACAAGGUGUUCAAGAGCUACAAUCCUCAGUUGCUCAAAAGCAACAACAGACUGAAGCAAAACAGACUGAAUAUGCUGCUAAAGAAGGCGAAGCACAACAAGCUAAAAAUAAAGCAACAAUCAUUGACCAAGAUCUAAGAUUAGCUAAUCAGACGAAAGCAGAAUUGGAAGCAGAAAAGAGAGAACAAGAAAAUAUACUUCGAACGGAACAAAGCAAAAGCCAACAACUCAAUGUAGAGCAUCAACAACUCAAUGUAGAGCAUCAACAACUCAAAGCAAAAGUCGAAACAGUUCAACAACAAAAACAACAGUUUAGUCAACAACUACAAGAGUUUAAAAGUCAAUUGGAUCGACAAAAUGGAGAUAUGACUCAAAAGAGUAAUGAAGUAGAGAAAGUCAAAGCUAAUUUACACACAAAGGAGCAGCAGAGGAAUGAACUCAAGUCACAACGAGAUGAGCAUAUUGUACAUGUUGAACGAGUCAAAAGACAAAUUCAAGAAAACGAACAAAAUUUAAAAGAAAAUGACAUGAAUUUGUCACAGACACUACAAGCCCGACGAGAACGAGAAAUUGCCAAACAGUUAGCAGAACGUCAAGUAGCUGAUAGUGAACAACGUCUUCACCAAACAGCUGAACGACUCGAACAAUUAUCCAAUCAAGUUCAAGAGAAACAGCAAAUUUAUGAUGAAAAAAAUCGUCGUCACACAGACCUCGCCGCCAAUGUAGAGCAACAUAAAGCGGCUAAAGAACGUUUGGAAUAUAAUAUUCAAGAUACAUAUAAUCGAUGGACAUCAAAACGAAUCUGGGCAACAAGUGCAGCAACACAUGUUGCUCAACUCGAUCAAGAGAGGAACAACAUUAAACUAGCCAGUCGACAAGCAGCUGAAACUAAUAGAAAGCAUCGAAAUGAAGCAAACGAAAAUAAUCGAAAUAGAAAAAUUCAGCAACAAUUUUAUCGCCAUUGA